AUGGGGCUACUCCGGGAGUACAUAAAGAAGCCGCCGAGAUAUAUUUGGGCUUGUGUUCUAUGCUCCGUAAAUGGGCUUCUUUUUGGUAUGGAUACUGGCAUUAUCGGCCCUGUCACUGAUAUGAAAGUCUUCAAGGCGUCGUUUGGAGGCAGCCAGAAUGCCACCAUUCACGGUCUCAUUGUUUCGUCGAUUCUCAUUCCAGCUGCACUCUCCUCAUUCUUUGCCGGCUAUCUUUCUGAUAGACUCGGGCGCCCAAAGGGCAUCAGCAUUGGCGUAUUCAUCUUCGGAGUUGGGGCCGCGAUUGAAGCAAGUGCGGUCAGCCUCGGAAUGUUUGUGGCUGGUAGAGUGGUGGAAGGCCUAGGAGAGGGCAUUUUCUUGGGAAAUCUGGUGGUCUUGAUCUGCGAAAUCUCGCCAACGAGUACCAGAGGACCAUUGACCACUGGGCCACAGCUGAUGAUUACCCUCGGCUUGGUUAUCGGCUUCUUCACUUGCUAUGGAUCCUCCAACAUCCAAUCGUCGCUGUCCUGGCGGAUUCCGUUCAUUCUUCUGUCCUCACUUUCGAUGAUUCUAUGUACCGGGCAUUGGUCCUCUUCAUUUGGUCUGUACCGUCAGCUUGUCUGGCCAACCAGCAACGCGGUAAAAUCGUCUUGUACAACAAUUGCCCUUUUCCCCUAUUCGCUGAGGAGGUAG